GUCUUCAAUAAAACUUUUCAAACACUCCAAAAAAAAGCUUUGAGAAAAAGAAAGAAACAAUGAGAGGACUCUCCACAAAAUCCGGUGCGAUAAUCACCGCAAUUCUCACCGUCAACUUCUUACUCACCACCUCCGCAACAGCAACCUCCCAAUCCUCCGUCGGUGUUUUCAUGCCGAUCACUGAGUCGAGAUGCACCGGUUCCAUCGCCGAGUGCUCCUUAUCAUCCUCAGAGUCAGAGGAGUUCGAGAUGGACUCUGAGAUCAACAGGCGUAUAUUAGCUACGACGAAGUACAUAAGCUACGGAGCGCUGAAGAGGAACACGGUGCCAUGCUCACGACGCGGCGCAUCUUACUACAAUUGCCGACGUGGAGCUCAGGCUAAUCCUUACUCUCGUGGUUGUAGUGCCAUUACUCGUUGCAGACGAUGAUGAUUUACCAAUUUACUACUUUCUCUUCUCUUUUUUUAUGUACUUUAAAAGUUUUAAUCCUCCAUUCUUUAUAUUUAUACAAUUUUUUUCCUAAGAGUAUUAUUUACUUAUGUUUAUAAUUUCAUUGCAGUAUCAUUUUCAAUUUCGUGAACAUAUAUAGUAGUAGUGUAUGUACAUUUCAUUGCAAUAUAAGUUUGAUAUAUGAACAGAUA